CGCCCCCACAGGCGUCGUUUUUUAAAACAUGUUGAGUGAAAGUUGAAAGAGUCCCUCCGUGGAGCCUAAGGAAUGCUCGGCAAAGACAACACGUACCAAGAGUUCAACGAUGACGACGACGCCAAUGCCGGGAACAACAGGCGGUCUCCAGACUUCUUUGGGGACCCGGUUGAAGACGACCAGGAUCCCGACGACAGAGUUUCACCAGAGGACGAGGCGAGGGGCAGCCUGUCGUCCAUCAUGGUGAGCAAAACCUGCCUGAAGAACGUCUUCACGGUGGUGCUCAUCUUCAUCUACCUGCUCCUGACGGCCGUGGCCGCCUUCCUGGCCUACCAGACCAUCUCCGACUUCCUGGAGAAGCUCAACAACCCGGUCAUGUCCGUCACCUACAAGGAGGUGGACGUCUUCUCGCCGCCAGGUAUCGCUCUGUACCCGGGUAACGCGCAGCUGCUGAGCUGUCGCCACCACGACCAUGACCGCGUCCCGCCUCUGGUGGACCCCGGCAAGCCCCAAGCGGGGGACUGCGUCAUCAAGGAGGUGACCUACUUGGGACCCUUCACCAAUGGAACACAGAAGAAGGCGCUGGUGGUCCGUGGCCCCUCGGACGUCAGGAACAAGGAGCUGAUCUUCAUGCAGUUCAGUCAGAACGAAACAGAGGAGGACUUCAGCGCCAUCACUUACAUGCUGUUCGCCAACUUUAGCGACCUCGCAGACAGUCGGAAUAAAUCCCAGUUCAUGAGGGACUGUGAGAGGAAUUACUCCAUGUGGACCUUCUCCGGGGGAUUCCGAACCUGGGUCAAGAUGUCUUUAGUCAGGACUUCGGGGAAGAGCAACGAAUCUGUGGAGUUUCGCCAAGAGUCGGCUGUGGUCAAAUUCAACGACAAGAGGCCCGAACCCGAGAGAAGCAACCAGCUCUUCUUUGCGGUUUUUGAGUGGCGGGAUCCUUUCAUGCAAGAAAUUCGACUGAUCGUGACCGCAAACGCAUGGAGCUCGGUGGCCAUUCUGUGUGGCGUUUUUAUGGCCUUCUUCAAGGCGGCCAACUUUGCCAAACUCAGCGUGCAGUGGAUCAUCAGGAUGCGCAAGAGGCACCAGAGGCACAAAGCCAGGGAGCUGAGUCCCGUCACGGAGGAGAGUUCACCCAAGUGA